GUCUCGUAAAGUACUGGUGUACAUACGCUCCUCGUUUAAACCUAAAUUCCGCGCCCAAGGGGAACUGAAGGCGUCGUUCCUUGAAGUGACGACCAACGACUAUACACCCACCAGCCAGACACGACGCUUGUAGGAAUGCAAUCCCGUCUGGCGACGAACAGUCCAAUAUUGCUGCCUUUUUUCAAGGUCAAUUGCGCUCACCUCUGUAUUUAAGCGCAACGGGCACCUGGGCAGGACCGAUCAGGGUGAACCACAGCUGUGUUCAAUCGCAUCGGUGUUCCGCAAACGUUGGGGACCAUCGACUGGCCUACUGAUCUCGAUUUCCACCUACACGACGUUGAAAUACUGUUUGGCUACAACUGUCUUAAUGUUGCCAUCAUAUGCUUCCCCAUCGCCGAAGAUGUUAUCGAGACAUCAGGCAAAUGCCUAUUCGAAGGGCCACCCAUACCCACAAGGCGGCACUGGUACCUUCACAAUUUCUCCACAUAGGUUCCAACCCAGAAGCUCACCGACUGCAUUAAGAAAACGGCGAGCCCUUUUAAUACGACUUGCUAUUUGCCUCGGCGUUGGUUUAGUCUUUUGCAUAUUUGUAUGGCCUGGGGUGUCAAUAAUGCCUCUGAUAACACUGGGUCUGCUUUCAUCCGGGGAAGAUUUCCAACUAGAGACAGUGCGGUACUACGACUUAUCCAAUGUUGGAGGUACUGCGAGGGGAUGGGAAAGAGAGGAGCGUAUCCUUCUCUGCGCACCAUUACGUGACGCGGAAUCACAUUUGCCGAUGUUCUUUUCUCACCUGCGGAACCUCACAUACCCACAUCAUUUAAUCGACCUUGCAUUCCUUGUGUCGGAUUCCAAGGACAGGACCUUGUCGGUGUUAACCGAGCUUCUCGAGGGACUCCAGGCCGAAGAGGAUCCAAAUCAACCAUAUGGCGAGAUAUCCAUCAUCGAAAAGGACUUUGGUCAGAAAGUGAACCAGGAUGUGGAAAGUCGCCACGGAUUUGCAGCCCAAGCUAGCCGGAGAAAACUUAUGGCACAGGCGCGGAACUGGCUGCUCAGCGCUGCCUUGCGGCCUUACCAUAGUUGGGUAUAUUGGCGAGACGUUGAUGUUGAAACCGCUCCUUUCACUAUCCUGGAGGAUCUAAUGCGACACAAUAAAGAUGUUAUUGUCCCCAAUGUCUGGAGGCCCCUGCCGGAUUGGCUAGGGGGGGAACAACCAUAUGAUCUUAAUUCCUGGCAAGAGUCAGAGACAGCAUUGAUGUUGGCAGACACCCUCGACGAAGACGCAGUCAUUGUCGAAGGGUAUGCAGAGUAUGCCACAUGGCGGCCGCAUCUUGCCUACUUGCGAGAUCCAUAUGGUGACCCGGAUAUGGAAAUGGAGAUUGACGGCGUGGGCGGAGUUAGUAUUUUGGCUAAGGCUAAGGUAUUCAGGUCUGGGGUUCACUUCCCAGCCUUCAGCUUUGAGAAGCAUGCGGAGACGGAAGGGUUCGGAAAGAUGGCGAAGCGGAUGAAAUUUUCUGUUGUAGGCCUACCACAUUACACCAUCUGGCAUUUGUAUGAGCCAAGUGUUGAUGACAUUCGACACAUGGAGGAAAUGGAGCAGGAGCGCAUCGUACGUGAAAAUGAAGAGAAAGAGAAAGCUGAGAGGGCCAAAAAAAUUAAGGAACAGUUUGAUGAUCCCAACAGCCAGUGGGAAAAGGAUAAGACAGAUAUUCAAAGCCUGGCUAUGCUUGAGAAGGCAAAGGAGCAACAAGCAACCGCUACUCCCGUUGCUAACCCUUGAGGGAUCAUGACAGAGAAGAACCCACCCAAGUCAGCUACACACACAUGCCAUUUUAUCAGUACAGGUCAGCUGGGUGGGUGGCAGUAUUUAGUGGGGGGUAACGCGGUUUGUGUAUGGAAAUGUAUACUAUGUAAGUGUUGUAGAAAGGGGACAGCACGGGCGGAAUUGUCAUGUGGACUUAAUUACCCUCGAAUGCAUUGGCUAUAGAAGGCGUAUAUUUCAAGGGAAUCUGCAUAUUAGUUAUUGUGGUUUACAACUAGCUGUGCCCAUGUGAAUAGUUGGAAUGAGUGACGAAUUUCUCGGCUGUGGACCUAAUUACUGGAG